AUGAAAGGCCUGAGUGGCUCCAGAUGCUGCUUCUACAUGGGUUUCUUAGUGGGAACCCUCAGCCUGUACUUCCUGCGCCAGGUGGGUUAAAGGGGAAUGGGGAAACACUAGGCUUCAGAACACCAGCUAAUUGUAACUGUAAAUUGCCAUAUUGGCAUUGUUGCAUCAUUGGUAGGAAAGUUUUGGAAUUCCUGAAUUUACUGAGACCAUGACCUCUGCGUACAUUAAUGAGCAUUAUUUGCUGGUGUCAAACCAUAUAUGAAAACAUAAUACAUAUUUGAAAGCUGAGAAAGUGCCCUUUCAAAUGAUAUGACAUGCAAUACAGGUGUAGGAUCUUAAUUUGAGCCAGUUUGCUACAGCAGGAAAUUUGAAUUGUUAUGUGGAUUAUAAUUAAUGGACAUUUUUUAUAGGGGUUGACACAUUUUACGUUAGGGCAAAUCAAGUCUGAAAAUUGUAAGUGGAAAUUACAAACUUUAGAAGCUUUUUUAAACCUUGAAUAUACUACAAGUUUGCAGGAAAAUUCUCAUCAACAAAAGUGAUCAUAUUAAGAUCCUACAUAUGUAGCGCCACAUCAAUUCAAAUGGUAAUCGGUCAAGAAAAAACACGUGAAAAUGCGUAUCUUAAGUGCGUUUUCCCCCAAAUAACUGCCAUUUACACAACUUCUUAAUGAAGAUAAAGAAAAACUUAAAGCAUAUUGAUAAUUUGAAAUCAGAAUAGUGAUACCUUUUACUAUGAAUGAGUUACAGGCGUUUCAGUGACCGGUGUUAAACACUAUUAUUGCACACAGAGUGAGUCCAUGCAAUUUAGUAUGUGACAUAUAAAGCAAAUGUUUACUCCUGAACUUAUUUAGGCUUGCCAUAACAAAGGGGUUGAAUACUUAUUGACUCAAGACAUUUAAGCUGUUAAAAUUUAAUUAGUAAAAAUUUCAAAAAACACAAUUCCACUGUAUCUAGAUAUCUAGCUAUGUAGUUAGCUAGCUAGCUAUAUAGGGAUCAUACAUUUUACUGGUAAAAUAGCAAUCCUGCAGCAGUCCUCUCUUCUGUCUGACUGGCUAGCUAGCAAGCUAGCUUCAUAUCUUAACUUAAUCACUAGCCAGUUUGUUUUAGCUAGGUCUAGCUCAUACCUAAUGACAAAUGCUCUUCAAAUUGUCAAGUAUGAGUAUUUUAUUUUGUACAGUUAUCAAUGAAAACAUUUACAUCAAAAAGACAAGAGAAAAGCUAAAUCAAUUAGGCUAGCUAGCUACCUUGCCUGGUUUUGUCUGAUUGUCUACUUAGCUUGUUAUCAAAAUGUCAUUUCAUAGACUUAAAUUGGAAAAGUAAAUUGUAUAAUUAGCAACAUAAAAACAAAUGGUUGUCCUGAUCUAAAUGACAGAGCUGUCAAAGUUAGGAGAAAACGUUCAGGUCCACUAGAGGCGAGGCGCCUCCCGGUAGCAGCAUUCACUUUCAGUCUCUACGCCAAAACUCACAAUUUUCUCACUACUAUCAAUGUUUAUUAAGGCAAUUCAAGAUACCCAUACCUCUAAGAAACGUUGUUCAAGAUCAGAAUACAAAAAAUAGAGAUGUUUCUAUAUUACAAGCACAUGUUUAGUAUUAGUGGAUUGAAUACAUCUCUUUGCUUAGCUUUACUUCCUGAAGUGUUUCCAAUGUUCUAUAUUCUAGUGGCCCUAUACACCUGGAAUUACUAUUCAGCUAGCCCUAUACACCUGUAAUUACUAUUCAGCUAGCCCUAUACACCUGUAAUUACUAUUCAGCUAGCCCUAUACACCUGUAUAUUCCUAUAACCUGUAAUUAUUCAGCUAGCCCUAUACACCUGUAAUUACUAUUCAGCUAGCCCUAUACCACCUGUAAUUACUAUUCAGCUAGCCCUAUACACCUGUAAUUACUAUUCAGGUAGCCCUAUACACCUGUAAUUACUAUUCAGCUAGCCCUAUACACCUGUAAUUACUAUUCAGGUAGCCCUAUACACCUGUAAUUACUAUUCAGGUAGCCCUAUACACCUGUAAUUACUAUUCAGCUAGCCCUACCUAUACACCUGUAAUUACUAUUCAGGUAGCCCUAUACACCUGUAAUUACUAUUCAGCUAGCCCUAUACACCUGGAAUUACUAUUCAGCUAGCCCUAUACACCUGUAAUUACUAUUCAGCUAGCCCUAUACCCCUGUAAUUACUAUUCAGCUAGCCCUAUACACCUGUAAUUACUAUUCAGCUAGCCCUACCUAUACCCCUGUAAUUACUAUUCAGCUAGCCCUAUACACCUGUAAUUACUAUUCAGGUAGCCCUAUACACCUGUAAUUACUAUUCAGCUAGCCCUAUACACCUGUAAUUACUAUUCAGCUAGCCCUAUACACCUGUAAUUACUAUUCAGCUAGCCCUACCUAUACCCCUGUAAUUACUAUUCAUGUAGCCCUAUACACCUGUAAUUACUAUUCAUGUAGCCCUAUAUAUAGAAUUUCAACAAGCAUUUUGCUACAGCUGGCCAUGCUUUCCAUCUGGCUACCACUAACCCGGCCACCAACUCUGCACCCUCUGCUGCAACUUGCCCAUGCCCCCCCCGCUUCUCCUUCACACAAAUUCAGACAGCUGAUGUUUUGAAAGCGCUGCAAAAUCUGGACCCCUACAAAUCAGCUGGGCUAGACAAUCUGGACCCUUUCUUUCUAAAACUAGCCGCCGAAAUUGUCGCAACCCCUAUUACCAGUCUGUUCAACCUCUCUUUCAUAACGUCUGAGAUCCCCAGAGAUUGGAAAGCUGCCGCGGUCAUCCCCCUCUUCAAAGGGGGUGACACUCUAGAUCCAAACUGCUACAGACCUAUAUCCAUCCUGCCCUGCCUUUCGAAAGUAUUCGAAAGCCAAGUUAACAAACAGAUCAUCGACCAUUUCGAAUACCACCGUACCUUCUCCGCUAUGCAAUCCGGUUUCCGAGCUGGUCACGGGUGCACUUCAGCCACGCUCAAGGUCCUAAACGAUAUUAUAACCGCGAUUGAUAAUAGACAGUACUGUGCAGCCGUCUUCAUCGACCUGGCCAAGGCUUUCGACUCUGUCAACCACCGCAUUCUUAUUGGCAGACUAAAUAGCUUUGGUUUCUCAAAUGACUGCCUCGCCUGGUUCACCAACUACUUCUCAGAUAGAGUUCAGUGUGUCAAAUCGGAGGGCCUGUUGUCUGGACCUAUGGCAGUCUCUAUGGGGGUGCCACAGGGUUCAAUUCUUGGGCCGACACUUUUCUCCGUGUAUAUCAAUGAUGUCGCUCUUGCUGCUGGUGACUCUCAGAUCCACCUCUACGCAGACGACACCAUUUUGUAUACAUCUGGCCCUUCAUUGGACACUGUGUUAACAAACCUCCAAACGAGCUUCAAUGCCAUACAACAAUCCUUCAGUAGCCUUCAACUGCUCUUAAACACUAGUAAAACUAAAUGCAUGCUUUUCAAUCGAACGCUGCUAGCACCCGCCCACCCGACUAGAAUCACCACUCUCGACGGGUCUGACCUAGAGUAUGUGGACAACUACAAAUAUAUAGGUGUCUGGUUAGACUGUAAACUCAACUUCCAGACUCACAUAAAGAAUCUCCAAUCCAAAGUUAAAUCUAGAAUCGGCUUCCUAUUUCGCAACAAAGCCUCCUUCACUCAUGCUGCCAAACAUGCCCUCGUAAAACUGACUAUCCUACCGAUCCUUGACUUCGGCGAUGUCAUUUACAAAAUAGCCUCCAACACUCUACUCAGCAAAUUGGAUGUAGUCUAUCACAGUGCCAUCCGUUUUGUCUCCAAAGCCCCAUACACUACCCACCACUGUGACCUGUACGCUCUUGUUGGCUGGUCCUCACUACAUGUUCGUCGUCAAACCCACUGGCUCCAGGCCAUCUAUAAAUCACUGCUAGGCAAAUCCCCGCCUUAUCUUAGCUCAUUGGUCACCAUAGCAGCACCCACCCGUAGUCUGCGCUCCAGCAGGUAUAUCUCUCUGGUCAUUCCCAAAGCCAACACCUCCUUUGGCCGCCAUUCCUUCCAGUUCUCUGCUGCCAAUGACUGGAACGAAUUGCAAAAAUCUCUGAAGCUGGAGACUCUUAUCUCCCUCAAUAACUUUAAGCAUCAGUUGUCAGAGCACCUUACCGAUCACUGCACCUGUACACAGCCCAUCUGAAAUUAGCCCACCCAACUACCUCAUCCCUAUAUUGUUAUUUAUUUUGCUCUUUUGCACCCCAGUAUCUCUAUUUGCACAUAAUCUCUUGCACAUCUAGCAUUCCAGUGUUAAUACUAUUGUAACUAUUCUGCACUAUAGCCUAUUUAUUGCCUUACCUCCAUAACUUGCUACAUUUGCACACACUGUAUAUAUAUUUUCUGUUGUAUUUCUGACUUUAUGUUUUUUUUUACCCCAUAUGUAACUCUGUGUUGUUUUUAUUGCACUACUUUGCUUUAUCUUGGCCAGGUCGCAGUUGUAAAUGAGAACCUGUUCUCAACUGGCUUACCUGGUUAAAUAAAGGUGAAAAAAAAAAAAAAAAAAAAAAACACCUAAAAUACUAUUCAGGUAGCCCUAUACACCUGUAAAUACUAUUCAGGUAGCCCUACCUAUACACCUGUAAUUGCUAUUCAGGUAACCCUACCUAUACACCUGUAAUUACUAUUCAGGUAACCCUGCCAAUACACCUGUAAUUACUAUUCAGGUAGCCCUAAUUACUAUUCAGUUAGCCCUAUACACCUGUAAUUACUAUUCAGGUAGCCCUAUACACCUGUAAUUACUUCUAGUAGCCCUAAAACCUGUCAUUACAAUUCAGGUAGCUCUAUACACCUGUAAUUCCUAUUCAGGUAGCUCUAUACACCUGUAAUUACUAAUCGGUAGCCCUAUACACCUGUAAUUACUAUUCAGGUAGCCCUACCUAUACACCUGUAAUUACUAUUCAGUGGCCUACUAUACACCUGUAAUUACUAUUCAGGUAGCCCUACCUAUACACCUGUAAUUAGUAUUCAGGUAGACUUAUAAACCUGUAAUUACUAUUCAGGUAGCCCUAUACACCUGUAAUUACUAUUCAGGUAGCCCUACCUAUACACCUUUAAUUACUUUUCAGUUAGCCCUACCUAAUAUACCGUUUAAACAUGGGUACUCAUUGUACUAUCACUAAUCCUAUACCUGUAAUUAUAUAGGUAGCCCAUACACCUGAAUUCUAUUCAUAAUAAAAUUAUUCAUUCAGGUACCAACACAUUCAUUCAGUAGCCCUAUACACGUAAUUAUAAUACUACCUGUAAUAUAUUGGGUUUUAAACCCCUAAUUACUAUUUCCCCAAAAUUAUACUAUUAGGUAGCCUUUACCGUAUUUCAGGACCUAACCGUAAUUACUUUCAGUCCCCUUUCACCAAUUACUAUUCAGUGCCUAUAACUUUUUUAAUUAUUUUCCCACAGUAAUUAUAUGCCAAAAAGUAACAUCAUUUAAAAUUAAAAUUUUUAUUUUGGUAGCCUAUACACCUGUAAUUACUAUUCAGUAGCCCUAUACACCUGUAAUUAUUCAGUAGCUACCCUAUAAACCUGUAAUUAGCUAUUCAGGUAGCCUAUACACUGUAAUUAUAUUCAGGUUGCCCUAUAUACAUUAACUUUAGUGAUAUAUUAAUUUAUAUACACUUAUACAUUAGUUCAGCUAUACACCUUAUUAGUAUUCAGGUUAGCCCUACUAUACCCUGUAAUACUUUAUCCUACCAUCUAUACCCUGUAAUUAACUAAUUUAUAUACCCUCUAUCAUUAUUAUACAUAACCCUACAAAUAAUAUCAUAGUUAACACCUUAUGAAAUACUAUUCAGUAACCCAUUACACCUGUAAUUACUAUUCAGGUAGCCCUACCUAUACACCUGUAAUUGCUAUUCAGGUAACCUAUACACCUGUAAUUACUAUUCAGGUAGCCUACACCUGUAAUUACUAUUCAGUUAGCCCUAUACACUGAAUUACUAUUCAGGUAACCCUAUACACCUGUAAUUACUAUUCAGGUACCCUAUAUACACCUGUUAUAUCAGGUAGCCCUAUAUAACAGUAAUAUAUAUAGUACUAUAAACCUGUAAUUACUAUUCAGGUAGCCCCAUACACCGUAAUUACUAUUCAGGUACCUAUACACCUGUAAUUACUAUAAGGUAGCCCUAUACACCUGUAAUACUAUUCAGGUACCCUAUACACCUGUAAUUACUAUUAGUACACCUAAUUACUCUUCAGUAGCCCUAUAACCUGUAAUUACUAUUCAGGUUAGCCCUAUAUACACUUUGUAAUUAUAUUCAGUAGUAAUCAUGUAAACUAUAAGUAAGCUAUACCUCAUUACAAUUCAGGUAGCCUAUACACCUGUAAUUACUAUUCAGUAGCCUAUACACCUGUAUUACAUUCAGGUAGCCCUACCUAUCACCUGUAAUACUAUUCAGUAGCCUCCUAUUACACCUUAAAUUAAUAUUCAGGUAGACCCUAUAAACCUGUAAUUACUAUUCAGGUAGCCACUAUCACCAUUAUAUUAUUACUAUUCAGGCUUAGCCUAUAACCGUAAUCUAUUACAGGUGCCCUCCUAUACACUGUAAUUACUAUUCAGGUACCUACUACACCUGUAAUUAUAUUCAGUACCUCUAUACACCUGUAAUUACUAUUCAGGUAGCCCUUUAAACCCAUGUAAUUAGUAUUCAGCGACCUUACACCUGUAUUACUAUUCAGGACAUAUACCCUGUAAUUAUAUUCAGGGAGCCCUCCUAUACACCUGUAAUUACUAUUCAGGUAGCCCUACUAUCCUGUAUCCUAUUAGGUACCCUUACACCUGUAAUUACUAUUCAGUAGCCCUAACUAUACACUGUAAUUACUAUUCAGAGCCUAUACACCUUAAUUGAUCUUAGAGUAAAAUUUCCCGUAAAUAUAUUCAGUACCUACCUAUAUACAUGUACAUACUAAUCAGUUAGCCUACCUAUACACCUGUAAUUACUAUUCAGUAGCCCUCAUAACCCUGUAAUACUAUUCAGGUAGCCCUAUACAAACCUGUAAUACUAUUCAGGUAACCUAUACACCUGUAAUUAUUUCAGGUAGCUACCUAUACACCUGUAAUUGCUAUUCAGGUAGCUCGUACUAUACACUGUAAUAUAUUUUAGGUACCAUACCUGUAAUACUAUUCAACUAGCCCUAAUUAAUUCAGUUAGCCUAUACACCUUAAUUAUAUUAGUUAGCUCCCUUUAUAUGAAUAUAAUUCAGAGUAGGCCUACCUAUACACCUGUAAUUACUAUAUAGUAAGCCCUAUAACCUGUCAUUACAAUUCAGGUAGCCCUUUACACCUGUAAUUGCUUUUCAGGUAGCCCUACCUAUACACCUGUAAUUACUAUUCAGGUAGCCCGUAUACACAUGUAUUACUAUUCAGGUAGCCCUAUACACUGUAAUACUAUUCAGGUAGCCCUACCUAUAACACUGUAAUUACUAUUCAGUUGCCCUCCUAUACAUGUAAUUACUUUCAGGUAUAGCCCUACAUACACCUGUAAUUACUAUUCAGGUAGACCUAUAACCUGUAAUUACUAUUCAGGUAUGCACCUAUACACCUGAAUUACUAUUCAGGUAGCCCUAUACACCUGUAUUAUAUUCGGUGUCCAUAUUCAGCCAUUGCAUACAUCAGUAGCUAUACACCUGUAAUUACUAUUCAGGGAUACACUGUAAUUACUAUUCAGGUAGCCCUAUACACCUGUAAUUACUAUUCAGGUAGCCCUAUACACCUGUAAUUACUAUUCAGGGUACCUAUACACCUGUAAUUACUAUUCAGGUAGCCCUAUACACCUGUAAUUACUAUUCAGGUAGCCCUAUACACCUGUAAUUACUAUUAGGAGCCCUAUACCUGGAAAAACACUGUAAUACUAUUCAGGUGCCCUAACACCUUAUUACUAUUCAGUCCCUAUACACCUGUAAUUACUAUUCAGGUAAGCCUAUACACCUGUAAUUACUAUUCAGGUAGCCCUAACACUUAACUGAUCACUUACCUGUAAUUACUAUUCAGGUAGCCAUACACUGGAAUUACUAUUCGCCUCUAUACACCUGUAAUUACUAUUCAGGUAGCUUACCUAACACCUGUAAUUAACUAUUCAGGUAGCCUUACACCUGUAUUCAGUAGCCCUAAACCUGUAAUUACUAUUCAGGUAGCCCUAUACACCUGUAAUUCUUAUUCAGGUAGUCCUAUACACCUGUAAUUACGGUACUCUCUCCUUGCAUUGUUGUUACCAUUGACUGUACCUACUGUAUUUUUUUAUACCCGCUAUGGUAUGAUGAUGUUAUCAGUCAGUAAACUUAGUUGAACUUGAACCACGUCAUCUUUAUUUGUAAAAAAAAAGGUGUGGUUCGAGAUGAGCAUGGAGCCCCUUGUGCUGGGAGAGGGCCAGGACAGCUCAGUAGCAGCGUUGGCGAAGGAGAGACAGGCUAGAGACAGUAAUAACUGGAGGGUGGAAGGAGCAUCCCUCAUCAACCUCAACCACCUGCACCACACAGGUAUACAGGCCCAAUAAGACCCAUGACCUCUUCAAGUUAAAGGAAAUACAGUGGGGGAAAAAAGUAUUUAGUCAGCCACCAAUUGUGCAAGUUCUCCCACUUAAAAAGAUGAGGCCUGUAAUUUUCAUCAUAGGUACACGUCAACUAUGACAGACAAAUUGAGAAUUUUUUUCUCCAGAAAAUCAGAUUGUAGGAUUUUUAAUGAAUUUAUUUGCAAAUUGGGACCAAAGUAACAAAGCCUACCAUCAGUAACACACUACGCCGCCAGGGACUCAAAUCCUGCAAUGCAAGACGUGUCCCCCUGCUUAAGCCAGUACAUUUCCAGGCCCGUCUGAAGUUUGCUAGAGUGCAUUGGAUGAUCCAGAAGAGGAUUGGGAGAAUGUCAUAUGGUCAGAUGAAACCAAAAUAUAACUUUUUGGUCAAAACUCAACUCGUCGUGUUUGGAGGACAAAGAAUGCUGAGUUGCAUCCAAAGAACACCAUACCUACUGUGAAGCAUGGGGCUGGAAACAUCAUGCUUUGGGGCUGUUUUUCUGCAAAGGGACCAGGACGACUGAUCCGUGUAAAGGAAAGAAUGAAUGGGGCCAUGUAUCGUGAGAUUUUGAGUGAAAACCUCCUUCCAUCAGCAAGGGCAUUGAAGAUGAAACGUGGCUGGGUCUUUCAGCAUGACAAUGAUCCCAAACACACCGCCCGGGCAAUGAAGGAGCGGCUUCGUAAGAAGCAUUUCAAGGUCCUGGAGUGGCCUAGCCAGUCUCCAGAUCUCAACCCCAUAGAAAAUCUUUCGAGGGAGUUGAAAGUCCGUGUUGCCCAGCGACAGCCCCAAAACAUCACUGCUCUAGAGGAGAUCUGCAUGGAGGAAUGGGCCAAAAUACCAGCAACAGUGUGUGAAAACCUUGUGAAGACUUACAGAAAACGUUUGACCUGUGUCAUUGCCAACAAAGGGUAUAUAACAAAGUAUUGAGAAACUUUUGUUGUUGACCAAAUACUUAUUUUCCACCAUAAUUUUGCAAAUAAAUUCAUUAAAAAUCCUACAAUGCGAUAUUCUGGAUUUUUUUUUCUCAAUUUGUCUGUCAUAGUUUAGUUGACGUGUACCUAUGAUGAAAAUUACAGGCCUCUCUCAUCUUUUUAAGUGGGAGAACUUGCACAAUUGGUGGCUGACUAAAUACUUUUUUUCCCCACUGUACAUUUCCUCUGAAGUUUCUCAUAAAUCUGUGUGGAAGUAUUAAAGGUGUGUGUUGUGUAUUUUAAUAUAGAAAAUAGACCUCUUGGUUGCCACAAUUGUCAAGACACUUAAUUAUUUAACUUAAUUGGCUCUUUCCAAAACAUCCAUACAUCUCCCCAUAGAAAUAUGAAUACUAUACAGUGUCUCUCUACCAUCAAUUAAAGUUGUUUCUAAUUUGGCUAUGGUGUUCAGGUGAGGACAGUCGCAUGGCAGACGAGCUGUACCAGAAGGUGCGCAUCCUUUGCUGGGUGAUGACUGGUCCCAGUAACCUGCAGACCAAGGCCCGCCACGUAAAGGCUACCUGGAGCCGCCACUGCAACGUGGUGGUCUUCAUGAGCUCUGUCGACGACCCAGGUAGGUACCCAGCCAGGUAGCCUAGAGGGCAGAGAGGCGGGCCGGUUCGAAUCCCAUGACCGACGGGAAAAAUCUGGUUGAAAGUAUCCUAGAUGCUGUCUCCUGCUGUUGUGCCCUUGAGCAAUGCACUUAACCCUAACUGCUCUCCAUCCAGUGUUGGUGAAAUGUAGGAAAAUGGGCAAUAAAGCAUUCUUCUUCUCCAGACUUCCCCACAGUGGGGCUCGGCACAGGGGAGGGCCGCGACCAGCUUUACUGGAAGACCAUCAGGGCCUUCCACUACGCCCUGGAGCAUCAUGGGAAUGAUGCCGACUGGUUCCUCAAGGCGGACGACGACACCUUCAUAGUGGUGGACAACCUCCGCUGGGUCCUGUCCAAUCACACGCCGGAGGAGCCCCUCUACUUCGGCAAGCGCUUCAAGCCCUACGCCAAGCAGGGGUUACAUGAGUGGCGGAGCAGGAUAUGUGUUGAGUAAAGAAGCCCUCAGGAGGUUUGUGGAGGGGUUCAAGACCAAGGUGUGUACCCAUACCACCCCUGUGGAGGACUUGGCUCUGGGACAGUGUCUGGAGAAGAUGGGUGUUCUGGCUAUGGACUCGAGAGAUACGUUGCAACGGGAGACGUUUCAUCCGUUUGUUCCCGAGCAUCAUCUGACCGGGAAGUUCUCCAAGAGCUUCUGGUACUGGAGCUACUGCUACUACCCCAUCGUAGAGGUCUGUCUAGUUGUUCUUACUUGGUGGCUUUCAGUUUCACCCAUUUAUUAAAGUGGAACUGACAGCGUUUUAACUACUUUGCAGAUAUGAAACAAAUAGACAACCAUAAUAUCAGUCAAAAAUGUAAAAUUCCCAGUUUAUGCUACAAAACCAACUUUAUAAGAGGUUUUAAAAAUAGGUUACAUUUGACUCAACAUUCCAUGACGUACACUAAGGCAUUGUUGUUAUAAUAGAUGGAUGCAGUUCAAUGCAUGAUUAAUAUACUGAACCAAUACAUUUCUUGGUAAUAUUGCUAUCAGGUUGUAAAUCACAGCUGGCCUGGUACAUUGUUUGCUGCCUCCAUUCGGGAUACACUGUUUCAGUUUCAAUGACUCAAUAUUUUGGACAAAAAUGGACGAAUGUAACUAAGGCUGGGAAUGUCAAUACAAUCAAACUAGCAAGGGCAAUGAUCACAAGUCAGUCAUAACGUGGCUAAUAAGCUAGCAUAUCUAUUUAUGUAGCAAGCUAAAAACACAGAGUCUAACAUUAGCUAGAUAGCUAGCUAGCUGCUAGGAGAACAUCAUGUCAUGUCAUUGGAGUGUCAUGUCAUUUCGGUGGCUAUACACAGCUAGAGAUGCAGGUGUCAUUUGGUUACCUAGCAAGAAUAUGAACGACUGUUAUCCAGUUAGCAUAUCUCUUGCGUUCGCAAAUUCACUCUGGCUAUAUACUCCGAUUUCAGAACACUCGUCUGAGUGUGCCAGAGCGCAGAAUAACUGAUGAAUUUAGCAACACCUGCUGAAUAUGACCGUUGUCAAUAAACGUAGGCAAAACAAUAGUUAGUCACGAACGCUCUAGAUAACAUGCAAACAGCCUAGCUAACCAGCUCUGCUAGGGCAAGUAAAAUGGUCAGGGUGAGGUGUUCUCUCAUUUGUGUAUGGAAGUAGCUUGGUUGGGACAAGCAUGCAUUGCCAACUUUAGCCAGGCAGGCAAGGUGCAGAAGGACGAGUAGGCUACAAUUCCCCAUCGUUUUAUCAGUGCAAUUUUGAUGGCCAACUACCUGAAAAAGUUUGUCUAAUGUUCCUUCGUUAUAUUUUUGCUCAUCUUGCUCUGGCUAGCAUUAGUUGUUGAUCUUGUUGAUGUACGUAACUGAGGGAGCAAGCGCCUACCUUUUCAUGGUUGUUUGAUCAAUAGGACUGUAAAGUUCCCAAAUGUAAGAGGACUCCCGUGGUAUUGACAUAUUUGCAGAAAUCCAUUCGGGUGUAUUUUGUGGCUUUUGGCGAAUGCGUUCUAAUGGAUCUAAAGUCACGCUGUUGCAAUAAUGAAUGUGAGUGAUGACAGGCCUGUGUGGCAAUGGCUUGUUUGCAUAAAGUCCUACAGUAGCUCUGAUUGGCUAUGGUGCACCGGUCUGCAUAGACUCCGGUAUUGGACGAGACAGAUGUUUUUAUUAGGUUUCAUUUACUGCAGUGUCUAUUAAUUGUCGAAACGCACUGCCGCUUUCCCACUCUAUAUUGCUAUAAGUUAUCUAAGUUAUCACUUGUCAUAUUCUUCCUGGGGAUGUAUAUGAUUUCAGCGAAUGGAUUGGCAUCAAACACAUGGAAAGUAUGUUUGAUGCAUUUUAUACUAUUCCAACCAUUCCACUCCAGCCAAUUAAGGUGCCACCAUCCUCCUGUGACACCAAGUGUUUUUGAUCUAUUAAAGUGUGUAGGUAGGGCAUCGUUUCACCAGGGCAUCACUGUCUUACGCAAACCCUCUAGGUGCAAAAUAUGGUAUAUUCACAUUUAUUUUCAAUGAACAAAACAGCCUGAAUAUAAACUACAGUUGAAGUCGGAAGUUUACAUACACUUAGGUUGGAGUCAUUAAAACUCGUUUUUCAACCAAUCCACACAUUUCUUGUUAACAAACUAUAGUUUUGGCAAGUCGGUUAGGACAUCUACUUUGCGCAUAACACAAGUCAUUUUUCCAACAAUUGUUUACAGACAGAUUAUUUCACUUAUAAUUCACUCUAUCACAAUUCCAGUGGGUCAGAAGUUGACUGUGCCUUUAAACAGCUUUGAAAAUUCCAGAAAAUAAUGUCAUGGCUUUAGAAGCUUCUGAUAGGCUAAUUGACAUCAUUUGAGUCAAUUGGAGGUGUACCUGUGGAUGUAUAUCAAGGCCUACCUUCAAACUCAGUGCCUUUUUGCUUGACAUCAUGGGAAAAUCAAAAUAAAUCAGCCAAGACCUUAGAAAAAUUAUUGUAGACCUCCACAAGUCUGAAGGUACCACGUACCAACAAUAGUACGCAAGUAUAAACACCAUGGGACCACGCAACCGUCAUACCGCUCAGGAAAGAGACGCGUUCUGUCUCCUAGAGAUUAACGUACUUUGGUGCAAAUAAAUCCCAGAAAAACAGCAAAGGACCUUGUGAAGAUGCUGGAGGACACGGGUACAAAAGUAUCUAUAUCCACUGUAAAACGAGUCCUAUAUCGACAUAACCUGAAAGGCCGCUCAGCAAGGAAGAAGCCACUGCUCCAAAACCGCCAUAAAAAAGCCAGACUACGGUUUGCAACUGCACAUGGGGACAAAGAUCAUACUUUUUGGAGAAAUGUCCUCUGGUCUGAUGAAAAAAAAAUAGAACUGUUUGGCCAUAAUAUGUUUGGAGGAAAAAGGGGGUUCUUUUUCCUCCCGCGAGGCAUUGGGGUGGCAGCAUCAUGCUGUGGGGGUGCUUUGCUGCAGGAGGGACUGGUGCACUUCACAAAAUAGAUGGUAUCAUGAGGAAGGAAAAUUAUGUGGAUUUAUUGAAGCAACAUCUCAAGACAUCAGUCAGGAAGUUAAAGCUAUGUCGCAAAUGGGUCUUCAAAAUGGACAAUGACCCCAAGCAUACUUCCAAAGUUGUGGCAAAAUGGCUUAAGGACAACAAAGUGAAGGUAUUGGAGUGGCCAUCACAAAGCCCUGACCUCAAUCCUAUAGAACAUUUGUGGGCAGAACUGAAAAAGCGUGUGCGAGCAAGGAGGCCUAUAAACCUGACUCAGUUACACCAGCUCGGUCAGGAGGAAUGGGCCAAAAUUCACCCAAUUUAUUGUGGGAAGCUUGUGGAAGGCUACCCGAAACGUUUGACCCAAGUUAAACAAUUGAAAGACAAUGCUACCAAAUUCUAAUUGAGUGUAUGUAAACUUCUGAUCCACUGGGAAUGUGAUGAAAUACAUAAAAGCUGAAAUAAAUCAUUCUCUCUACUAUUAUUCUGACAUUUCACAUUCUUAAAAUAAAGUGGUGAUCCUAACUGACCUAAGACAGGGAAUUUUUACUAGGAUUAAAUGUCAGGAAUUGUGAAAAACUUCCGACUUCAACUGUAUAAUGUAAAGGAUAUCUCACAGUGAAUGACAACGUUAAUGAAUGUUGGUUCUACUUCAUACCUUUCAGACCGUCAAUACUGUUGAAAGUAUGGAUUAUAUUUGUCGCGUUCCGCACACGUCGAGUAUUAAUAACAACAAAGUCACGCCGGUGAUGUGACAGUGUGGGAGGACGUGCCUCCACGGUUCAUAUAAAACCGUACGUCAGGCCAUGCACUGCUUAGCCUUAUCGCGCAAGUUGACAGCUCCGCUGCUCUUGUUUUUCGGAUUGCAUCUUCCCAGGUCCCGGUAGGGUAAGCUUAACUCUGUGUGAGUUGUGUGUACUGUCAGUCUGUCACCAACAGCCUGUGACCUGUGGGUCAGAGCGUAAAAUUCGCCCUCUAAGGCUGUGACAGCUCUCCCCUACCUAUCCCUUUUAUUGGAGGAUAUCGGGCUUCCUUGUCUUGUGCUGACUUAGCCCACCAGCUAGUGUGUGUGUUGGCCACCGUACUCCUGUGCUAACCUUGUCAAGAUAUCCUCCACUGCUGUGCUCGUUAUCGAGGCCACCGACUAUUGAAAACUCGAACGGGUCAAUUCCCUAGAUAACUGCGUCUAGGAAGGUUGUUAGCCUAGCCAGCUAUAAGACGUGAGAUUUGGAUUGCCUCCCCUAGGCAUCCCUCUCCCCUGGUACACUACAUUACCAAAGGUAUGUGGACACGUGCUCGUCGAACAUCUCAUUCCAAAAUCAUGGGCAUUAAUAUGAAGUUGGUCCCCCCUUUGCUGCUAUAACAGCCUCCACUCUUCUGGGAAGGCUUUCCACUAGAUGUUGGAACAUUGCUGCGGGGACUUCCUUCCAUUCAGCCACAAGAGUAUUAGUGAGGUUGGGCACUGAUGUUGGGCGAUUAGGCGUGGCUCGCAGUUGGCCUUCCAAUUCAUCCCAAAGGUGUUCGAUGGGGUUGAGGUCAGGGCUCUGUGCAGGCCAGUUAAGUUCUUUCACACCGAUCUCGACAAACCAUUUCUGUAUGGACCUCGCUUCAUGCUGAAACAGGAAAGGGCCUUCCCCAAACUGUUGCCACAAAGUUGGAAGCACAGAAUCGUCUAGACUGUCAUCGUAUGCUGUAGCGUUAAGAUUUCCCUUCACUGAAACAAAGGGGCCUAGCCCGAAACAUGAAAAACAGCCCCAGACCAUUAUUCCUCCUCCACCAAAAUGUACAGUUGGCACCGUGCAUUGGGGCAGGUAGCGUUCUCCUGGCAUCCGCCAAACCCAGAUUCGUCCGUCGGACUGCCAGAUGGUGAAGCGCGAUUCAUCACUCCAGAGAGCUCCAGAGUCCAAUGGCGACGAGCUUUACACCACUCCAGCCGACGCUUGGCAUUGCGCAUGGUGAUGUUAGGCUAGUGUGCGGCCGCUCGGCCAUGGAAACCCAUUUCAUGAAGCUCCCGACGAACAGUUCUUGUGCUUACGUUGGCAGUUUGGAACUCGGUAAAGAGUGUUGCAACCAAGCAGAGACGUUUUUUGACGCACUAUGCGCUUCAGCACUCAGCGGUCCCUCUCUGUGAGCUUGUGUUUUUUCAGCUUUGCGGCUGAGCCAUUGUUGCUCCUAGACGUUUCCACUUCACUAUAACAGCACUUACAGUUGACCGGGGCAGCUCUAGCAGGGCAGAAAUUUGACGAACGGUGCCACGUUGAAAGUCACUGAGCUCUUCAGUAAGGCCAUUCUACUGCCAAUGUUAGUUUAUGGAGAUUGCAUGGCUGUGUGCUCAUUCUUAUACACCUGUCAGCAACGAGUGUUGCUGAAAUAGGCGAAUCCACUACUUUGAAGGGGUGUCCACAUACUUUUGUAUAUAUAGUGUAUUACUGGCAUGCUACAAGCUAGCUAGCUAUCUAGCUAGUUUACCAACUCAACCUAGCUACAACUGUGUGUUGUCAGCUUAGUUUACCAAAUGACGGCCAAUCGUGCUUGUUUCGCAUAAAUACUGGAAGCCUACAUUUAAACAUGAUAUCUCUGCUGCCCCAGCCCUGUGGUCAUAGCUAGGCUCACCCUAAAUUAUUUGGCAGUUGCUGUUCAACUCCCGCCAGAUUAUUGUAGCUCUACCUUUACUGUGUAUUGUGGUAGCUGUUGUACAGUCUCCGGUUACUAUUAUAUUAGUUAAUUGGAUUAAUCAGUAUAUUGCGUAAGAAAUAUUUUAUAUCUAUAUUUUAUAAAACAUUUCUUCACAUUCUGAGCUGAGAGAACACUGCAUCACCAUGAUGCUGAGCAUGCAUGGCUGCUCCUCUUGUAGAGCUGAACUACAAGCAGAUGAUGGUCAUGACCUGUGCCACGCCUGCCUAGGCGUUGGCCAUCUGCAUGAGCCCCUUACUGACCCCUGCAUUAACUGCACUAUCCUGCCUGUGAAGGUGAGGGAAGCGUGGCUAGCCAGAAUUGAGGGCCUGGUUUUCACAGAUAAUUUACCAGCGUCCGGCGUUGUUCACCAGGACCCACCCAUGGCCACCAAAAGAUGGAAAGCCCACGAAACCGAUGGUGCCCCCCCGGUGAAAAGUCAGAAAAUAAGAGCCUCACUCGGAAGGUCAAUUCCUUAUCUUCUGAGAUAGAGCAGCUAAAAACGCUUUUGCCUUCCUUCGAGCCCCCUGAGUCGGGGCAUUCUAGCACUCCCUCCAGCAUGGGGGACACAACAGAGGACUCAGAUAGCCGUGACCAGGAUGAUGACAAGCCCAACAUGGCGAAGGGGGUGCCAACCAGUGUUGUGGACCCAUUCAGUCUCAAUGCUAAAGAUGGGUAAGAGGAGUCAUUCCGAGGCUUUGAUCACACUGAGUCAGAAGCAAGCUCUGCCUCACUACGCACUGUCCUGCGUACUGCCUUAGCUAGGCUAGAGCUUGAUGACCCUCAAGCCACAGCCCCUGCAGCUAACCUAUUCUUUAAGAAGGCCCCAGCAGCUACACCGUUCAGUGUGCUACUUUCACCGGCUUUUCUUACGGAGCUUCAGAGAUGCUGGGCUGACCUGCGGGCUCUCGCCCACCACGGCAAGGAUAGUAGGACGCUAUCUGCCAGAAACUGAAUGGCGGAGGUCGGCCGAUUUACCCAGCAGCACCUGACCUACUGGGCAUCCCAUUCCUCAGACCCAUGGGUGGUGAUGACCCUCUCACAAGGGUACAGUCUGCAGUUCCGACACCAACCCCCACCAUUCUCAGGGGUCAGAAUGACUUCAGUCACAGACCUCCUGAAAGCGUGCACCCUCAACCAGGAGAUUACAUCUCUCCUGGAGAAGGGCACAAUCAUAAGAGUAAAAGCAUCAGAACAGCAAGAUGGCUUUUACUCAACCUAUUUCCUGGUUCUGCAGAAAGACGGAGGCUUCCAUCCAGUUCUGGAUUUAAAGCGGUUCAUUGUUUUCCUAAAAGUUCUCUCCUUUCACAUGUUGCGGACGGUCAACGUUCUCCAUACUGUAGCCGCAGGGGAAUGGUUCACGUCCCUGGACUUAAAGGACGCUUACUUUCACGUUCCUGUGUUACUGGAACCAAGGCGUUUCCUGUGGUUCACCUUCCAUGGCCAUACAUACCAGUUUGCUGUAGUACCCUUCAGCCUCUCCCCUGGCACAGCGCUGACACUGACCCACGUCACCGCACUGGGUCUUACUGUGAACAACGAAAAUAGCAACUUCACACCAAGCCAAAAAGGUCACCUUUGUUUGCAUGGUUCUGAACUCCCACACUAUGAGGGCAUGUAUAACACCUCAGCGCGUGGACAGCAUUCUUCUUCUUCUGCAACAAUUCCAGUUGAAUGGGUUGGUGAAGGUACGAACGCUCCAACAACUGAUGGCAUGCUCGUGGCAGCCAUACUGAUGGGAAUGCUCGUGGCAGCCAUACUGAUGGGAAUGCUCGUGGCAGCCAUACUGAUGGCAUGCUCGUGGCAGCCAUACUGAUGGGCAUGCUCGUGGCAGCCAUACUGAUGGGCAUGCUUGUGGCAGCCAUACUGAUGGUCUUCCAGGUAUUCGUAGAACCAUAGUUACAUUCGUAAUUUACGAUUAUCUGUCCAACUGGGUCUUUGGCCCUGGUUAGUACAGCUUUAAAAUAAAUAAAUAACAUUGAUGCUAAAGUGGAUGAUUGCAGUAGAGACAAAACUCUGUCAACAAUAGGAACCUAUUUGUUACAGAUAAUAGCUCUAAUUCUUUGUGCUUUGCAAUGCAAAUUAUAAGUCUAUUAUGAGUCUGUCAGACAGGGACCAUCAAGACACAUGGCAAUACAAUUGGGGGUAAACAAGCAUCUUUGUGGUGGAAACACAGCCAGUGUCUCCGCUGUUCGAUACCAAGGUAGUCUAAUUCCAAAUGGUUAUCAGACUGACUGUCAAAAACGGGCAAUGUGAUUUUCAGAGUACCCGAGAUACUUGAAGCCAUGUGAAAUAGACAGUGAACACCACAAUAGUCAGGUAUGCUGUUGAAUUUAAUAUACAAAAAUCCCAUAUAUUUUUAAGGGUGCUGUUCGGAGCCUUGGUUCAUGUCUUCUGCUCUGUCAACAGAUACAGUGAAAGGCCAUGUAGUACGUUUUAGAAUACUGUGUGUGUGUGUGCUUUUCUCCCCCAGGGUCCCCAGUGCUGCUCAGACCUGGCAGUAUCCUUCCACUAUGUGGAUGCAGAGCUGAUGUACACACUAGAGUACUGGACCUACCAUCUCCGUGCCUACGGCUACAGACACCGCUACAGACCUCCACUACCCCAGGGCCUGGUGGAGCGGCUGGCCCAGACAGAGAGGCCUGCAGUGGGUACAGCUGGGAGAGGGAGAACCCCAGCUAGUAUUACUGUUGGUGCUGAUGGGGACCAGUCCAAAACAGAGUCUGGGGCAAAGCCUUUGUCAGACAAAGGUGGGAAGGAGACAUUGGGUAAAAUCCCCUUUGACAAUAACAGGACUGCAGUCACAUAGGAGAGACAAGGGUGAUUCUUACGCCCAGUUCCACCACAGUGCAAGUUUGAUUGAUUAUAGGUGAUUUUAUAUAUGUUUAAAAAAUCUUUAAGUGAGUCCAUAUAAUGUAAGUCAUUUAACUUGAAAGUUUUAACUGUUUUUAUUGAUAUCUGUUGCUAUUUAAUAGGAUAUUCUGUUUGAAUUGAAAUAGUAUGCAGUUACUUACCAUUCAUCCAUAUCCAGUACUAGACAGCU